AUGCAUCCGCGGAGCCUGUCCCCCGGAAACUUUUGGCAUAUUACAGACCUACAUUGGGACCCAACCUUUAACCUCACAGACGAUCCCGAAAAUGUAUGCGCGUCCAGUGGAAAACGGCCUGCUUCCAGUGCUGGCAGAUUUGGAGAUUAUCACUGUGACUCGCCAUGGAACCUCAUCAACUCCUCAGUGUAUGCCAUGAAAGAUAUAAUGCCCGACCCGGAUUUCAUCGUCUGGACAGGAGAUGACACACCUCAUGUACCCAAUGAGGAUCUAGGAGAGGAGGCGGUCCUACACAUUAUCGCAAAUCUCACCCACAUCAUAAAGCAUGUCUUCCCAAAAACCAAAGUAUAUUCUGCACUGGGCAAUCAUGAUUAUCACCCAAAGAGUCAGCUUCCAGCUGUUCAAAACAACAUCUAUGAAAAGACAGCACAGAUGUGGCAGGAUUGGUUGGAACCGGAAUCGCAAAUAACCUUCAGAAAAGGUGGAUAUUACACUGAAAAGUUGCUGAAUCGUCCAGGUUUCAGGGUUGUGGUACUCAACACUAACCUAUACUAUGAUCAAAACAAGGCAACCCAAGACAUGGCAGACCCAGCUAAUCAAUUCAGCUGGACGGAUCAGGUUCUCACAGAUGCGGCAAAGAACAGAGAAAAGGUUUACAUCAUUGGUCAUGUGCCACCGGGCUUUUUUGAGAAGAAACGCAGUAAGCCUUGGUUUAGACCCCACUUCAACAAACGCUACCUAGAGCUUGUUCAGAAGCAUCACUCUGUCAUCAUCGGACAGUUCUUCGGACAUCACCACACUGACAGCUUCCACAUGUUCUACAGUCCCGAUGACUCCCCCAUUAAUGUCAUGUUCCUGACCCCCGGGGUCACCCCAUGGAAGACGACCCUGCCUGGAGUCGUGGAUGGGGCCAACAACCCUGGGAUCCGUGUCUUUGAAUAUGACACCCAAACUCUCCUGGUCAAGGACAUUGUGACGUACUACCUUAACCUGACCCGUGCCAACAUAGCCCGGAGCCCCUGGGAGAAGGAGUACAGGCUUACGGAGAGUUUCAGGGUCCCAGACGCCUCCCCCGCCUCCAUGCACCGGGUUCUGGACCGCAUGGCAAACAGCCACUGCUACCUCCAGAAGUACUACGAGUUCAACUCCGUCAACUACGACCUGGCGGAGUGCGACAGCCACUGUCGCGUCGAUCACGUGUGCGCUGCCAGGGAAGUGGACUUUGACAGAUACGAGCACUGUCUGGAGAAAGAGGGGGCAGUCUCCAUCAGCGCCGCCCUGCUGCCCAUCAUCACUACGGCGCUCAGUCUGGUCUGGCUUAGCAGCUGAGGGUCUAUACAGCCGUGGCCAAAAGUAUUGGGAGCGACAUACAUUUUGUGUUUGCAAAGCUUGCUGGGCCUUGGCAUCAAAUGACUGCUAACAUAAUUUCAGUAAGUCAUAUCAUCAGCACAGGGGAAAGUGUGAACUAGUUCUAGCCAGGUGAAAUCACUCUCAUUCUGAUUGGAUUUUAAGAGCAGAUUGACUGUUGUAAAAGAGGGGACUAUUUGCAUAUAUUGAAAAUGUU